ACGUCUCAGUCAAUGGGUGUGUCAGGGUAUAAUAUUGGAAGUACUGAGUGCCAGGCAGAAUUACUGCACAGAGAAUCAGGUCUAGGUGAGCUUCAACAGAGGCCCCUGAACACAAAAAGGGGAUGGCAUCUAAAGACUUCCCUCCACCCACCACCUAUACAGGACUCGAAGUGCCCACGGGAUUAGCCUUCUUUCUAACAAUCCCAUAUGCUUUCUUCAUUCCAGAACUGGUCUUUGGUUGCUGGGUCUGGAUUCUGGUAGCUGCCACUGGUGUGAUUUAUGUUUUAUUGCAAGGAUGGGUUAUGUAUGUGUCUAUCACUUCAUUCCUCAUCUCCCUGAUGUUCCUGUUGUCUUACUUACUUGGAUUUUAUAAAAGAUAUGAAUCCUGGAAAGUUUGGGAUAGCCUUUAUCAUGGAAGUACCGGAAUUUUGUACAUGAGUGCAGCCGUCUUACAAGCAAAUGCAACAAUUCGCACGGAAUUAGAAGGGAAGGAGAAAAUAUUUUAUGAAUUGAAUACUGCUGCUACGUUCUUUGCUUUUAUUACUACCUUCCUGUACAUUCUCCAUGCCUUCAGCAUUUACUACCACUGAAGUAGAGCAUAAAGACAACAGGACAGAGAAGAAUCGUAUGUUCCAUCAGGACAAACAUCCAAAAGCUGGACUGAGAAGCAGCUGACCCAUGUUUUCAGACUGUCUAAAACAGAAGUACUUUUGGUAACUUGGUUUUGAAAUUUUAAUUUGUCAAGAGUUUUUUGUAUAUCGGAUGUAAUUGUAUUAUAUAUUAAAAUGUUUUAUUUUAGUUUGCCUGGAAAAUAACUAACUCUAGGAAUUAUUUAGCAAUGAAUAAAACCAGUAAGGUGCAGUUGUAUUCCUUCAUGUGAAAGGCUAAAUCCCAAAGAUAUAAUGCCCAGUCAAUGAUCCAGAAACAGGAUUAUUUAUAUUUUAAAUAUAGUUACUGAUCAAUUCCUUAUUGAUUAUCAGUUAUCAAUAAAUAUGGGGCAGCUAGUUGGUACAGUGAAUAGAGUACCAGACUUGAAGUCAGGGAGACUCAUCUUCCUGAGUUCAA